AUGGCCCCUCUGUGUCGCGUAGCCCGUCGUCUCUACUCGACGCAACCGCCAGAACGGGCUGCCAGCGCAUUGCCAAAGCUUGCAGCUGCUGCCAGAGAUGCCUCAGCCCCAAUGGCUGUUCGUGAACGCCGCGAACGCAAGCGGGCCCAUCUUAAACCUCCUACCCACAGCGACCUCACCCCGUCAGAAUAUUCAGGCUACAGAAGAGCCCUUGCCAAAGGCGAGCUGAUGGAUCAGCGGGGGAGAGACAUGACAGAAGUUGAAUGGCUUGACGCCCUCAAUGAACGGCGGACGCGUCUCCGCGGUCUGAAAGUCACAGACAAUCAUGGAGAGAAAGAAUUGCAGGUGGUCGGUCAGAGAAUUUAUCUCCCGAACAUCAUGUUUCGCAUGGUGCGCAACCACACGCCUACUGGCAAGCCCUAUAACCCCUACGAAGCCACUUUUCGAGUUCCAAUGUCUGUCACGAAAACCGACGUACGCUCAUAUCUAUCUGCCGUGUAUGGCGUUAAAACUACCUACAUCCGAACUGCCAACUACUUCUCGCCAUUGUAUCGCAGGUAUAAUGGGGCAAAGACAACGCGAUCAUACCGAACAUACAAACGUGCCGUCGUCGGUCUUGUAGACCCAUUCUACUAUCCUCAAGCAAUGGAAGACAUGACUGCAGAGGACAGAAAGAAACGGAUGGAAUGGUUGAACGAGAAGUUUGCAUUGGAUGCAUUGAAGAGAUGGAGGAGACAUGAACUGGUGCGGACGUCCUUGUCGGGGAGCAAGAACUGGCGCUUCACUGGUCAUCUGCGGAGGGAUAAGAUUCUGAAGGCAGUCGCCAGGAGUCGGUCAAGAAUGCUGCGAGAAGUUGAGGACGUGAAGGAGGAACUGGCUGACAAGCGGGCCCGGGGAAUUCCCAUCUUCUCUGACACUAAGAGGGGCUCGCAACCGACCUCUUCGAAGGAGCAAAUCGUAACGCGUGCAUGA